AUGUCCCUCACCAGCAACAACACGUCGAAUCCUUACUCGAGCAUCAGCGACCUCCUCAGCAAUGUGCGCAACUUCAAGAUCAUCGAGUCAACCCUGAGGGAGGGAGAGCAAUUCGCCAAUGCAUUCUUCACAAGAGAAACUAAGAUCAAGAUUAACCUGACCAGUUCGGAAUUCGGCGUCGACUACAUCGAGCUCACGAACCCCUGUGCCAGCCCAUCAUCUCGCGCCGACUGCGAAGCCAUCUGCAAGCUCGGCCUCAAGGAUGCCAAGGUUGCGUGUGACUGUGGAGUUGAUGGUGUAGAUGUUGUGAUCGGAACGAGCCAAUUCCUCCGAGAGCAUUCCCUCGGUGGCAAGGAUAUGACCGCCAUUACCAAGCAGGCCAUCGAGGUCAUUGAGUAUAUCAAGAGUCGAGGCUGCGAGGUUCGCUUCUCAAGUGAAGAUUCUUUCCGGACCCUUCGAGGUGUUGUCUCGACCGAUAUCGAGGUUCAUAUCAACGUGCCAUUCAACAACCCAAUUACCGGGUUUUGCGCAUUUACGCACAAGGCUGGUAUCCAUGCCAAGGCAAUCCUUAACAAUCCGUCCACUGUGCACUUCACAUCUAGACUCGUGGGGUGGAAUGCGAUCAAGAGCAGGGUGGAUCAACUUGGUCUGAAGAUGACUGACGCCCAGGUUAAGGAAUGUACGGCCAAGCUGAAGAGCAUGGCUGAUCUCAAGGUGAUGACCCUUGACGACAGCGAUGCCCUGAUCAGAAGCUUUCAUCUUGAGCUACAAAAUGGAGCGUAG